UGCUGACCCCAUGUCUCUCCAGGUUCCAGCAAGAUCUGGCACAGUCGGCUGGAGCGGGCUGAGAGCUGGUGGUUCCCCAUGGAGCAGGAGUUGGUCGCCAUGAGGAUUUACAGCCAGUUCUCACAGGAAGGCACCAACGGCUGUGCAAAGAACAACGGGGGCUGUGCCCAGCUGUGCCUGCCCAACCCCACAGGGCGGCUGUGCCGCUGCUCCCCCGGCUACCACCUGGUGCGUGGGGUGGCGUGCACGCUGGCACUGCCCUGCCGAGCCCCGCUCCAGGCCUGCCCUGACCUCCAGGGCUGCAUCUCUAGAGAGCAGGUCUGCGAUGGGCGCCCCGACUGCCUUGAUGGCUCUGAUGAGGCUGACUGUCCCUCCAUAGAGAUGGGAACACAGGUCCCCGUGGUGGCACCAUCAGGAAUGUCCCAUGUGGAAGAACAAAAACCAGCCUUACCCACAGCUGCACCCAAGCCUCGGCAGCCCGGCCCCAGCCUGCCCACCACCUCUGGCCCAUGGGAGUAUGGAAAGCCCUUCCUGGAACCCCCCAGCACUGAGGAGGUGCUGGGGGCCAUGCCGUGCAGCAGCGAAACGUGUAACCUGCGUGGGGACUGCGCCAUCGAGGCUGGGCGAGUGACCUGCCACUGUGCCCUGGGCUAUCGUGGCGACUACUGCGAGGAGGCAGAGGUGCAGCCCGUGGCAGGACCUAUCGUCCUGGGGGUGGCUGUGCUCCUGCUGCUCACUGCUGCUGCUGUGGGGGCCCUGGCCUACAUGCGGAGGCGGGACGGGCGGAGGAGGACCUCAAGCACUGCCUCCACUCGGGUGCUGACCUUGUACCAUCGCGAAAGUGACCCUGAGGAAGAGGAUGAGGAGGAAGAGCUUCCCCCCAAGAGUGAUACCUUUGUGAAUGAAGCUUACGAUGGGAAAGAGGUGAGCAGCAUCUGGUGGAGGCCCUGGUAG